AUGAAAAUAUCAAUAUUAUUACGUAACAUAUCAAAAUAUAUUUUAUUUCCUUUAGCAUUAUAUAUAUCAUUUCCAGUACUUUUUAAAUAUGGUGGAAAAUAUUCACAAAAAUUAAUAUAUCUUACACAAUUACAAAUUCCAUCUAAUAUAAAAAGUCCAAAAAAAAAUGGUAUUAUUGGAAAAUCUAAAAAUAUAUAUAUAAAAGAUGAAAAUUUGAAUAAUAUUGGUGUAUAUUAUAUUCAAGCUUAUUCAGAUUCUAUUUCACAUAAUAAUAAUAAUUACAUUGAUAACACAGAUAUUUUAAAAAGUGAUAAAAUUUUUGUAUUAUAUUUUCAUGGAUCUAAAGGUACUCGAGCAAGUAAAUCAAGAACAAAUCUUUAUAAUAUAUUGUCACAAGAAUUAGAUUAUAAUAUUCUUACUUUAGAUUAUUCUGGCUUCGCUGAUUCUGAAGGUGAAGCUAAUAUGGAAAAUAUUAUAAAUUCAUCAAAAGCUUUAAUUAAUUUUGCUGAAACAAAUUUAUCAAAUAAUUAUAUUGUAUGGGGUCAUUCAUUAGGUGGUGGAAUUUUACUAGAAACAUUAGCAAAAAAUUCAUUUAAUUAUAAACAUCUUUUAGGAAUUGUAUUAGAAUCAACAUUUACAUCAUUAAAGGAUAGUUUAUAUUAUCAUCCAUAUACAUUACUUUAUAAUUGGAGUAAUAAAAUUAUGGAAACAUUUAUUAUAAAUCCUUUAAAUAAACAUGGAGUUAUUUUGAAUAAUAAAUGUAAUAUUUCUAAAAUAAAUGUUCCUAUAUUAAUUUUACAUGCUAUUGAUGAUAAUAAAGUUCCAAUUCAACUAGGACAACAAUUAUAUGAGGAAGCAAUACUUAAAGGAAAAACUGUUGAUAUGAUUGUAUAUGAUAAAGAUCAAAAAUUAGGACAUUCAGAAAUAUAUCGAGCAAAUUCUUUUAAAAACGAUAUCAAUAAAUAUAUUAAUAAUUGUAUUAGUUUUGGUGAAAAAAAAAUAGAAAAAAUUUAA